ACUUCUCUGGCGUGCGUUCGCCACAACUAAUUGUUGCUUUUUUCAGUCGAGAAUCCCUCCCUGCAGGCUUGAAUUACAUCUCUGCAGCAUCCUUUGCAGAGUAGCCUCUGCUGCUGCUGCUGCUGUGGUGGAUUCCAUUUUUCCGGUGCCAUCAUCGACGGAACCGUAGACUGGGCUCACAUAUCUGGGCUUGCAGUACAAGCAGCGGAUCUUUUUCUUUCAUUCAUCUUUUUGCGCAUGGAGUGAAUGUAACCAGGCAGGGUGGAAAAGUUCGGAUCUUUUCUCCGGCCACGCACGAGCGACUCGUGCAUGGAUUUAGGUUGAUGCGAAUAAUUAAACGGCGUCGGGAAGCCUGAGGACAGGGCUGGUGUGCAGAUGAGGAUUACGAAGUCGUGCUGGCCAGACGCGGCACUGUUCACCUGGAAUACCUGAAGCUGUCCGAUGCCACGCAGCUGCAGCAACUUGUCGACACUGUUGCAUGCAUGCACGGCUCAUAUGUCGGCCCCUGUGGCCUGUAGAUGGUAGAUUUAUGUUUUAUAUAAGUCCAGAGGCUGUUGAUUCAGAGCCGUGAGUGCCACACAAACUCGCAGCAGACGAAUUUCACGCUUCUGUCCCCGCAGGAGGAUGCAGCCUGAAGCGUAAUGAUGCCCGGAACUCGGAGGAUUUUCUGAUCAGGAUGACAUUUGGUUAAAAAAAAAACACUAGGUGGACCGAAACAUAAAACAAACUCUCACAUUUUUUUUUUAAUUUUUGCGCCAAAAAGCUGCACCGACAUCCCCCUCUGCCGAACCAGACUCUCGGUUUUUCCUAGACUCGGUUCGGGGAGGAUAUGGCUGCGAUCGCCAGCUCCCUGAUCCGGCAGAAACGCCAGGCGAGGGAGUCAAACAGCGAUCGGGUGUCGACUUCGAAACGUCGCCCCAGCCCCAGCAAAGACCCCCGCUCAUUGUGCGAGAGGCAUUUCCUGGGGGUCUUCAGCAAAGUCCGUUUCUGCAGCGGCAAGAAAAGACCGGUUCGGCGGCGACCAGAGCCGCAGCUGAAAGGCAUCGUGACACGACUGUUCAGCCAGCAGGGCUUCUACCUGCAGAUGCAGCCGGAUGGAACCAUCGACGGCAGCAAGGACGAGAACAGCGAUAACACCCUGUUUAAUCUUAUCCCAGUGGGUCUGAGAGUGGUGGCCAUCCAGGGAGUGAAAAGUGGCUUCUACAUCGCCAUGAAUGGCGAGGGCAUGCUCUACAGCUCGGAAAUGUUCACGCCAGAGUGCAGGUUCAAGGAGUCGGUUUUCGAAAACUACUAUGUGAUCUACUCGUCCACUGUGUACCGCCAACAGGAGUCAGGCCGGGCCUGGUUCCUUGGCUUAACCAAGGAGGGUCAAGUCAUGAAGGGCAACCGGGUCAAAAAGACGAAGCCCUCCUCACACUUUGUGCCCAGGCCCAUUGAAGUUUGUAUGUACAGGGAGCCGUCGCUGCAUGAGAUAGAGGAGAAGCACCGCUCCAGGAAGAGCUCAGGGACUCCCACCAUGAAUGGAGGGAAAGCCGUCAAUCAGGACUCCACAUAGCAGAGGGAGAAGGGGCUUCCUGGUUUUUUGGGGGGAACCGGCCUCAUCCUGACUCAGGGGGACGGAGGAAAACUCACCACCCCCUAAAAUUCUGGCUACUAUCCCCUCUAAAAAGGAAAGAGGGCUUUGCGACGAAGAGGAGCUAUAACUGUACAACUAAGAUGACAAACUGAACUCUUGCCUGUGAAAACUUUUAGAUGACUUAAUAUGAAACCAGAGGAUAUAUAUAUAUAAAUGAAAGAAAAACAUUUUCAAUCAGGACUUGACCAACAUUUUAUGCAAAAAAAGAGAAAAAAGCUGUGAUAAACAAAGGAAUGGUGGUCUCUCCUCACACAAAUACAAAUAUCUAUCAUUUGCAAUUUAUGCUGUGAAAAACAAGCUUUAAUACAUGUCAAGUUUCAUACAUUUGUUUCUUUUCUAUGCUAUUACACUCUCAUGUGCAUUAUUGUGUUACUGUUACCAGUAUUAACUAUGACAUCACCAUUAUUACCUAUUUUUUAUCUCAUCUUCCCAGCUACUGUCAUAGUUAUUCUGGCUUUUCUUUCAAUUUUUUUUUUUUUUUUUUUUUUUUUAUCUUUCCUUUUGUUUUCCUUUUUACAAUUUGAUCUUGAAUGCACUGUCACACUACCCGCUCUGGUGUGAGAGUAUGACUGAAUGUAUUUGAUAGUUCUCUGCGUUGGACUCCAAUGGAAACAAAGCGCUAAAGGGUGGGAUGUAAUUCACUCAGGUGUGUACUGUAAGUGUAACUAAUGUGACUAACAGGAUGGAUAGGGCUGUUUUAAAUACUCUGACGUGCGUUCCUAUGCGUGCGUUGUUGUUCUGCUGCGACAGAACAGGACUGAUACAAGCAAUAUAUUACAGAGCAGUCUAGUAUGUCUCUUAACAGUAGUAAUAACCCAACAACACGUGUGUUGUUGGUGUGUUUGUUAGAGGAGAAAGCUUAAAAACAAAGUCAUCUAAAGUAGGUAAAAGUCUGAAUCUGUGGUUUUAAUAAAGCUUCAGUAUGCUCUUUGAAUUUGCAGUGAUUGUUAGGUUUUAAAUGACGUUUCGUUCAAAUUUGUCAAAAAUUGCAAACAGUUUUAUUCUCUCAAAGCUGAGUAAAAUAAUGACCAGCAUCAGCACUAUGAGCCAUGGCCAAAGUUGGUCACAUUUGCACCUCAAGAAACUCAAACUUUGCUGUGAGCUAGGCUAUAAUAUCAAAACUCUAUGACAGUUAUUCAGGCUUUAAGAUUAAUCAUUAAUUAUAUAAAUCAAAGAUUUAAGUUGGUUUUGUAAGAGAGGUAAAGUUUUAGCAGGCUUAGUGGUUAAGAAAGUGUAAUUUUUUCUUUUAUUUUGAAAGAACUUUCCUCAUACUGGUGGACAGGGUGCCUGACUGUUUAAUAACCAACAUACAUGUUGAAAUUUUCAAGCAAGGUCACAAUCAUUCCCAUCAUAAUGAGAGCAGAGCGCCUCAUUGAGGUACCAGUCAAUCUGGAUUAAGCCAGGUUUCAGGAGGAUGAAUGUAUCUUCCUGGUGAGAAUAUCUCACUGUUUUCUCCGAUAUGGUAAUCCAUACAGCCCCCCAUCUUUGGUUUUGUGACCCAUGAAAUAAGCCAUUCUCUGCAUUGUGGAGGAAAGCUUCUCUUUCAUAAAUCAACACGCUGACAGGGCUUGUAUAAACAAGGUGAAUUGACUGGUACACUGCAUACGCCAUUGUGUACGCUGUGUAGCUCAUCCUUAAUCCCCCAUUAGUUUCGUCUAACUCAGGAAGUCCUUCAAUUGUUACGUGGAAUGUGGAUGGGGCCAGACAUGAAGGCUUGGCUGCUCGCCGCCCAGCACCCAUUGCACAAAGCCUGGCCAUGGUGUCAUAUCUAUUAAAGGUGAUGUACAGCUAAAGGAAGUCCAGGUGUUGAGAUAAAGCAUGAAUAUCGCAUGACUGUAAGAGUUGAUGUAAUAGGGUUCAAUUUUGAGGUGGGAGCUGAUAAAAGAUUAUUUUUAAUAUAAGGUCAAAACUUUGCUAUGCAAAGUUUUGAUCAGUUUUGCAAGCCUCUUAUCAGGAUGGAUUUCAUAAGCUAACAUGGUGGUAUGUACAUUUAAUAGCACAUUUUCAGUUGCACACAGUGAUAUUUUGAUAUGGAUCUUAGGACUCGGGUCCAUAGAUAGAGGAAGUAACCUGCAGGUAGAUUAACUUCAACACCACCUACAGAAAAGCAGAGAUACAAACAGUAAAUUUAGACAUGACACUGAACGUCAGCAGGCAAGACCAGCAUAUAUAAGAAUCUUUUUAUAGAGGUUUAUAUUGGUGCAAAUGAGAUACAUGGACUAAAGCAAUGCAUGAAAUUGGAUGUACUCGAUGUCAAACGUUGACAGCAGAAUGAAAGGAUUUAAGAAAGGUGGUAAAAAUAGCUGAUGUGACAAAGCGGUGAAGGAGAGCACUUUCUGGGGGGGUUAUUGAUGUAUGAAGGGUGAGCGAAAGCUUUGGUCGUUUGUGAUAUUAAGUAUAGUUUAUUAUUUUUAUGUUUGCAGAUGAUUUCACUGCAU